UCUGGGGAGGCCACAGCGAUGGCAGGCCCCCGGCACCCAGUGUCUGUGAGCGGGGCAGCUAUGGUACAGACAGACAGGCUCCAGACGUUCACCUUUUCCGUGUGCUGGUCGGAUGACAGCGACACCUUUGCACGAAGAAGCUGGGAGGAGUUCAGGAGACUCCAUAAAACCCUCAAGGAGACCUUUCCAGUGGAAGCUGGUCUGCUGCGGAGAUCUGACCGCAUUCUCCCCAAGCUUCCAGGUCAGGCCAGCACAGAUGCAUCGUUGUUGGUGCACUGGGGCCGCACUGGCCGAGGCCUGGCGCGCCUGCAGCUGCUGGAGACCUACUCAAGGGCGCUGCUGACGGCAGGGGAGCGUGUGGCCCACAGCCCGGUGCUCACUGGCUUCUUUGCACCACAACCCAUGGACUUGGAGCCUGCGCUGCCAGCUGGCAGCCUGGUGAUCCUGCCUGCCCCGCAAGAGUCCCUGCCAGGCCCCACGGGCAGCCCUGCCAUCCGCAGCCUGGAGGCUCAGAGCCUGCGCUGCCUGCAGCCCUUCAGCACCCAGGACACAUGGGGCCAGCCCUUCCAUGCUCGGGCCCAGGAGGCCCUAGAUGUGCUGCUGCGACACCCCUCAGGCUGGUGGCUGGUGGCGAAUGAGGACCAGCAGACGGCAUGGUUUCCUGCUCCCUACUUGGAAGAGGUGGCCCUGGGCCAGGGACGAGAUGGGGAACGGUCCCUAGGGAGCAGUGGGUCCCAGUUCUGUGCUUCCCAUGCCUACGAGAGCAGCCAAGCCGACGAGCUGUCUGUGCCCGCAGGGGCACGCGUGCAUGUGCUAAAAACGUCAGACCGUGGUUGGUGGCUGUGCAGAUUCCGAGGCCGCACUGGUCUUCUUCCAGCUGCAAUGCUGCAGCCUGAUGGGCUGGGCACACUCCUCAGCGGACCAUGGCUCCAUCUCAGGGUAGAUGGUGGGGAGGACAGGGAGGGCAAGGCCCAAAGCUCCAAGUCCCCCCAGGCCACAACCCUGCCGCCUACCGUGCCUGCCCGACCAUCUCGGAGUGCCAUUCAGAGCUGCUGCUGCACCAUCACCCGUAAGGCACUAGGGCAGGACCCAGGGUGUCACGGACCCCCUUAAGAGUGUGUGGCACGUCGUGAAGGGCUGCGCUGUGCACCCCACAGCUGGAGCGGCAGGCCAGAGGCUCCAGACCCCAAGGAUGAUGG